CCUUUCGAGCAGUCAUUCUUCGAAAGUCCCAACACACCAUCAGUCCAGAGCCCAUAGUUUCUUCCUUCUCACAACAAUCGGUGCGAGUCGUAGAACAGCAAAAUGGCGGAGGAAUUACAGGACAAGGAUGCCUCGAACGACAAAGCCAUGGAUGUAGCUGUUGAUAUAGAGACGAAGAUUUAUAACGCUAUGCGCUCUCGCGUCUCUUACUUCAAGGAAGAAGCCGACUCUUUAACUUUUGAGGGGGUUAGAAGAUUGUUAGAAAAGGACUUGUGUAUGGAGAUGUAUACUUUAGAUGUGCACAAAAGACUUGUCAAGCAGUGUUUGGUGAAGUGCUUUGAAGCUGAUUGGGAAGAUAAUGUAUCCAAGAAAUCUGAGGAGACUGGGAGAAAAAGUGUAAAUAAAGAAGAAGCGGCUGAGCCACUUGAAGGGCAUCAGUCCAAAAAAGGUGUAAAGGAACCUUGCUCGGAAGAUGAGGAAAAAAUGGAAGACUCUCCAGUUAUGGGCCUUCUCAUACCACGUAACACAAAAAAUGUUGAAUCUGAUGGAAUCAAAGGAAUCAAAGACAAAGAUGACAAAGAUAUUCCUAGUGAGAGUAUAAUUGCAAAAGCUAUUAGAAAAAGAACUUCUUAUCUUAAAGCUAAUUCGGAGAAAGUUACUAUGGCUGGAGUUCGCCGCCUUCUGGAGGAUGACCUUAAACUUACUAAAAAUGCUCUCGACAGUUGUAAGAAGUUUAUAAGCCAACAAGUAGAGGAGAUAUUGACUUCUUGUGAAGCUGCUGAACAAGUUUCUAAUGAAAAGCGUUUGAAAACUCCGAAAAAGGUAAGCAAGGAAAGCUCUCAUUCUACUGAAGGGAGCAGUAGUGAGGAGGAUAGUGAGGAGGAAAAUGAUGAAGUAAAGCCUGGAAAGAAAAAUGCAACUAAAGGAAGAAUACCGAACUCUAACGAAACAAAAAAGCGAAAAAGGUCUACAAAAGAGACACUCUCUGCCAAGAAGCAAAGCAAGCAUGUCCAGCAUACAUCAGAGGAGGAUAAUGAUGAAGGUGGUGAAAAUGUCUCUGAAGAUGGCCAGUCUGAAUCAUCCCAUGAAAGACCUGUGAAGAAGGAAGUUUCAACUCCCGUCUAUGGCAAGCAUGUGGAACACUUGAAAUCGGUUAUCAAAUCGUGUGGGAUGAGUGUUCCUCCAUCGAUUUAUAAGAAAGUCAAGCAGGCACCUGAAAGCAAACGUGAAUCACAACUUAUAAAGGAGUUGGAGGGGAUACUAUCCAGAGAAGGAUUGUCUGCUAAUCCCACUGAAAAAGAAAUUAAGGAAGUCAAAAAGAAGAAGGAAAGGGCCAAAGAACUUGAAGGCAUCGACUUAAGUAAUAUUGUCUCAAGUUCACGUAGGAGAUCCGCAACCAGUUAUGCUACACCACCUCCAAAACCGAAAAUACCAGUUAAAACUGACGGUGAUGGUGAUGAUGGUGAUGAUACUGAGGAGGAGGAAGAGGAGGAUGAAGACGAAGAAGACGACGACGACGAAGAAGAAGAGGAUGGCGAGGAAGAGGAUAAUGGCAAUGUUGAUGGAAGCCAAGGUGAAGAAUUCAACGAGGAUGACAAUGAAGACAGUGAUUGAAUCCGGAAAGAGCAUCCAAGAUUAGUAUAGCUGAUCCUCGAUCAACGUAGAAACGAUCCAGUGUAAACUUGUUCUCUAUGUAGUUCCCUUUUCUUUUCAGUUUUAUUGGAGAGCUUGUAGUCAGCGAUGUUAGAGCUAUAUCUAGGAGAUUGGACGUAGUAUUAUUGUACAAUAUUUACUCUUCAUGAUAAAGACGAAAUAAAAGAACACUUAUAUAAUUUUGAUUUA